UAUAGAAGUAAAGGACUUUCUUUGCUUUGGAUCUCAGGCAUUUGUGUAAGACACAUUAGAAUAUUACUAUCUUGCCAGUGAUGAAGAAAAUUAAUUACUGUCCAACCUUCAAACUUACAAGUUUAUGGCAUUGCCAAUGACUUCACUUCGACAUUACAUUAGACUCUAAAAUAAUUCACCAGUCAAUUGUAAACACGGCCUCCCAAAGUCCAGGGAAUAGCGGGGACUUUGACUGUCGGCCCAGCCAAGGCCCAAGCCCGGGUAAAAUCCCAGCACUGUGGAGACGAACUGAUAGUAAAAUCUGCGCCAAAUGUCCUCGUACCCCAGGAACCCUAGGUGAAUUCUCCGCUAUAUUUCGCGCGAAGACAAAACCACCGCAUUCACCCGGCACUGCGGGGCCACCCGGAAGAAUAAUGUUGUAGAAAAGCAGGUAGCUUAAACCCCUACUAAUAGGAAGUGAUCUCUGAUGGAGAACCAGAGUCGUGAGGUAGAGGUUGUCAUUAUCGGGGCUGGGAUAUCGGGGCUGACUGCCGCAUACCGCCUAAAGAAGAAGGAUCCACACCUAGAUGUUUUGGUUCUGGAGGCUAAAGAGCGUGUUGGUGGUCGCACACUGACAGUCGAGAUGAAGAGUGCUGAUGGCUCUGAUCACUGGGAUCUUGGUGGACAGUGGGUUGGCAGGUGCCAGCCUCAGAUUAUGGCUCUACUCGAAGAGCUGGGCCUUGAAGUUUACCCCCAGUAUAUUAGAGGCCUCAAGUUCCUGCAGGUCGGGCGACUCUCCAACAUUGCCAGCUAUUCCUCUGACAUACCAACUCUGCCUCUCAUGGGGCUCUAUGAUCUACACAGGCUGCUCAGUAUGACGGAUAAGAUGGCACUUGAAGUGAACCCGAAUGAUCCCUUUUCUUGCCCAAAAGCUGCUCGCUGGGACUGUGAGACCUUGGAAACCUUCAUAGACUCAAAAAUCUGGACAGAAGCUGUAAAAGACCUUUUGCGAGCCUGUAUGCGGACAAUGUUCGGGGUUGAGCUCUCCCAGAUAUCCCUCCUGUAUUUCCUCACCUAUGUUGCCUCGGCUGGAAAUAUGAAAAACCUCAUAGAAGCAACAGAAAAUACUGCACAGGAAUAUAAAAUAAAGGGUGGAGCCCAGCAGAUAAGUGAGAAGCUGGUCAAGCAUAUCAGCAAGGAGAAUGUGUUGCUAGGGGAACCAGUUUCCAUGGUAACUCAGGCUGGGGACAGUGUAGAAGUCAUUUCAAAGAAGGGGAACAAGUACCGAUGCAAGAAAGUCAUACUUGCUGUUCCUCCUAGUCAGAUAGGAAGGAUGGAAUUCAAUCCAACUUUACCUGUGGAAACAAGGGAGAUAAUCAAAAGAAUGCCUCCAUCCAAUGUCAUAAAGUUUACAAUUACAUUUCCCACGGCAUUUUGGCGUGUGGCGGGGAGUUCUGGAGAGGUUGUGAGUAACGGUGGUGCGAGUAUGCUGCCUAGCUGUGAUAUGGGGCCACUUGGAGUGGUGUAUGACGCCACCUCAAGUAACGCCCAGCCUGCCCUCUUGGGCUUCAUGGGAGGGCUCCAAGCUGUACAGUGGCAGAAGAUGGAGCUUGAGACCCGAAGAUCAGCAGUAUUAAAGUCCUUGUCUGAGUUUUUUGGUACCGAAGUGUACAAGUAUAUAGAGUACAGGGACUUGGUUUGGGACACUGAGCCAUACAAUGAGGGGGCUCCAGUGAGCUGUGUGGGCCCAGGAGCCAUGAGGUUCUACGCCAAAGGGCUGAGGGAGCCCUUCGAUAAAAUCCACUUUGCUGGUACAGAGUCAGCCACCAUUUGGUGCGGAUUUAUGAAUGGUGCUGUGCAGGCGGGCAGCAGGGCUGCCUUGGAAGUCUUAUAUGACCUUCGACCCCAGUUGGUGGCUGCAUCAGAUAUCCAGGUCAUUGGAGGUCAUAGAAGUGGACACAAACAAGGUCAAGGUCAAAGUCUCAGUGGAAAGGUUGUGAAAUGGAGCCUAGGCCUUGGGAUUGCUUUAGCGGUCAUCUUCACGGCAAGAAAGUUCUAUAAUAGCAUGUCCCCUGCAUGAGAGACAUGCUUUGUUUACUUUGUGUUCAUUAUUGGAGUAGUUUCACCUAUUCCAAGUUCAACAUUGUAGAUUGUUCAAAUUUCACCAUGUUUUUUUGCAUUUUUUUUUAAUCUAAUUUACAAAUUCAUUCUACAAUUUAAAUUCAUUAGUACGAUAAUGUUUUCCUUUAUUUUUUAUAUUAACGAAAUAAAUUAUUUAUAGGAAAAAAAUGUAACUUAAACCCUUGUGAAAUUUAAGCAAUCUGCAUGUUCAAUAAUUAUAAUGAUGAAAACAAAGUAUUUGCAAUGCUUUGAAUACCUCCCCAAGGAAGUGUUAAAUUACUUACUUAUGUAUUAAAGCCAUUGACUUACUAUCUGAAGGUGGUGUUUUUUAACUGAAAACAUAUAUUUGUAUUCAGACCUGAUCAUGAAAUUGUACAGAUUCACAUUGUUUUUUUUUAUGUUACCAAUGAUAGUCUGUGAUCUCUAUUUGCGAUUUCUGUGAUAAGUUGACAUUGUGUUUGAUUUCUGAUAUGAGGAAAUGCUUUCUGGCAAUGUAGGUUUAAUGUAAUUAACAUUCUUGCAAUAUUUUCAUUAAGCAGUUAAAUAAGUAUUAUAUUAUUCUCCUCAAGUGGCAACCAUAAAUGAACCUUAAUUUCUGCAGUACAGUUGUAUAAUUGUUUUCGGAAGUGCUGUACAUUGAGAGUGGUGGUCCUAGUGCUUACAAGGAAGCCUAGGAUGGAAGGUACUGGGGAUUGAAGUUGGGACCAAAACUGAUUUGGAAAUAAUAAAACAGUUUUUAUUAUUUUAAUUAAUCAGUUUCAUAAUCAGAAGUAGAGAUAUGCAUGAAAAGGAGCCGUUGCCAAAUUUUAUUUUAAACUGAUAAUUAUGUAUUUACUUAUAAAUAGAAAACGACA